AUGUCUUCUCUGACGCCUUUCGCGAAGAAGCAUAAGGUUACAGUGAUUGGAUCUGGCAAUUGGGGCUCGACCAUUUCAAAGCUCGUUGCAGAAAACACUGCCGAACACCCCGAACUCUUCGAGCGAAAUGUCCAAAUGUGGGUAUAUGAGGAAGAAGUUCAGCUGGACAGGAAAUCAAAACACUACAACGAGUCCUCCGAACUCAGUCAGGGGCCACAGAAGCUCACCAAACUGAUCAAUACCUUUCACGAGAAUGUCAAAUACCUUCCAGGCAUCGCCCUUCCUCACAAUGUCAUUGCCAAUCCUUCUCUCACCGAUGCCGUCAAAAACUCGUCCAUCCUCAUCUUCAACCUUCCCCACCAGUUUAUUCUGAACCUGUGUAAACAGCUUCGAGGUCACAUCCUACCAUUUGCACGAGGCAUCUCUUGUAUCAAAGGCGUCAAUGUCCACGAGUCCUCCAUCAGCUUGUUUUCCGAAACAAUCGGCCAAGAGCUAGGAAUCUACUGCGGCGCCUUGUCAGGAGCAAACAUCGCCAAUGAGGUUGCCCAAGAGAAAUUCUCCGAGACCACGAUUGCUUACGAUCCCCCACUUAUGGACUCACAGUCCCCUUCACCGUCCCCUUCACAAACCUCUAGUCCAGUCUCCAGCCAUGUGGAUCUGACCAAGCUAGUCCAUAAGGAUGUUUCGGGACAACCUUCAAAGGUCAGACUUCGACCGCUUCCUCCUGAAUACCACCCGUUCGACCAUGCCACCAUCAAGAAACUGUUUCACCGAAAGUACUUCCAUGUUCGAGUGGUCUCCGACGUUGCUGGGGUCUCUCUGGGCGGCGCUCUGAAAAAUGUCAUUGCUGUGGCAGCUGGUUGGGUUGAUGGCUUGGGAUGGGGUGACAACGCUAAAGCAGCUGUCAUGAGAGUCGGCCUACUGGAGAUGAGAGAGUUCGGAAAUAGGUUCUUUCCGCAUACUAUCCAUCCGGAUACUUUUACUGUUGAGUCGGCUGGAGUCGCAGAUCUGAUCACCACAUGCUCCGGUGGCCGCAACUACAGAUGCGCUAUGCUGAGCAUUCGGGAAGGAAAACCCAUUGAAGAAAUUGAAGCCAGAGAGCUGAACGGCCAGAAGCUUCAGGGAGCCUUGACUGCUGUCGAGGUCAACACGUUCUUGAAGAGUCAAGGCUUGGAAAAGGAUUUUCCUCUUUUCACGGCUGUGUAUAAUGUUUUGAAGGGCAAUGAAAAGGUGGAAAAGCUUCCAGACUUGAUUGAGCCCGAAGACGAGUAA